AGUUGGUUGCUGUGCAUCGCCGUCCUGACCAACCGCAUGAUGGGGACCCUCACCAGGGGAAGAAUGUGAAACGUUGUCCCGUGUGUGGCUAUACCACAACUACCAUCCAGCACAUGCAGUAUCACCAACGAAUUCACACAGGCGAGCGCCCAUUCAAGUGCAACUACUGCAACAAGGCCUUCAAGCAGGGAUGUCAUCUCAGCCGGCACCUCCUCAUCCACACCGAGCUGGUUGCUUUGUGGCCUCCCUGGCCGACCACAUUGUCGAGGCCCUCACGAGGAAAGAUACCCGAGGCACGGGGUUUUGCACUUGGCUUCACCAGAGCCUGCGACCGGGUCUCGGAGAGUUCGCCCACAGACAAGCGCCCACACCAGUGCCACCACUGCAGCAAGGCCUUCAGGCAUUUGAGUCACCUGACCAGGCACAUUCAUAUCCACACCGGCGAGAGACCUUUCGAGUGCCACAUUUGUGCCAUGAGAUUUAAUCAGAAGAACAGCCUUACACGCCACUUGGAAACCCACACUGGCAGGAACACUUGUGGCAACAUUACUUGUGCAGAAUUGGUUUCCGUGCCACUCCACCAUGGCCAACCCGAUCCUCCGGGCUCUGACGAAGGCUUGCACCUGAAGCGCUGUCUUGUGUGCGGCUACACCACACCUUUCAAGCAGCGCAUGCAGUGCCACCAAAGAAUUCACACGGGUGAGCGCCCUCACAAGCGCCGCUACUGCAGCAGGGCCUUCAAGCAGACGGCCCACCUGACCGAGCACGUCCACAUCCACACCGGCGAGAGACCUUUCCAGUGUCACCUUUGUCCCAUGAACUUCACUCGACAGAGCACUCUUAUGCGCCACUUGGCAAUUCAUAGAGGCAGGACAGCUUUGCCCGAUAAUGCUUGUACCUGUUCUGAACGUAACAGUAAUGUCUGAGAAGGCUAAGGAUGCGAGUAUCUGACUUUAUGGCACUAGGCAGCUGGCUAUGUGUGGGAGAGGGCUAGUUGGCAUUCCAUGUUUUUUGCAGCUGAAGCGCGAAAAGGUAUACAACGGACGAAGAGGGAUAAUGAGAACAAGCGCUAACUUCCAACUAAAAUUUUAUUACAAAGCACCGAAAAUAUAUACCUGUCACAUGACAUCACAAUAAUAUCUAUCAACGCACAAAGAUGAAGACAAAAUAAAACUAAGCAGCAGUGAAUUUUACAUAAAAAAGCCACAGCCACAUUUCGGUAAAUUCAAGUAAUCCAGUACUUUUUUUUGUUAGUGUGAUA